UGUUUCUGUCCAGCAAUAGAUAUUUUUUUGUGACUCAUUACAUGUCUGACCAAUUUUUUGUUGUAAGCCUUGAGACCCAAGCCGUAAGCCGUUCGGAAGAGUUAUACAAAUUCGCGUGAUAUAUUGGUUUUGUUAGUUGUUUCACCUGAAGCAAAGCCAUGGCGUUCUCCACUCAAAAAGAGUUCUUUCACGUGCCUUUCAGCAACGAGACUUACGAGUUCGAGUGCGUCGAUGCUUGCGUCAAGCUAAAGAGCUAUCCAUCCACGGUCGACGACAGAUCGUGGUCGGCAACCGAGGACAGAAAGUCGCAGUUCGUGGCCGACCUGGUUGCAUGCAACUCGCCUAUCAAGAAGGACCGCGAAGGAUCUGGUCGUCCAUUGGGCCCAGAGGAUGAGUACGGUAGCAACUUGGUAGUGGGCGACAGCCUGAUCAACGCUGCCGACGAUACGAUCGGGAGAAUGCAGGACCUGAUGAUCAAGAACAGCAUGCUGCAGAAAAAGCUGGCCGAUUCCGACGACAAACUUAGGACGGCUAACGAGGAGAGUGACGAGAUCAAGCGAAUCAUGGACCAGCGCUACGACCCAGACAAGAGUAAGGCGCUGAAAAAGAAGAUCAAGCAGCUAGCCGACGACAAUAAGAUCACGCCUCAAGACGAGAAGGAGCUGAACGACCUGCAGGCGGCAAUCGACGACAUGAACAAGGCCCACGACAUCCUCGAGGCGGAAAACGCCAACCUAAAGCGGUUGAUAGACAAGCAGUCGAAGCGCUGCAAGAUGGACAGCAUCUCGAUCGAUCCGGAAAAGAGCAAAGACAUCCCUUAUCUGCAGCAGAAGAUCGACGACCUGGGCAAGGAGGUGGCCCUGCUGCGAGAAUUCGAGGACGAAGUAAUGAAGCGGUGUGCUAAGAAGUGCGGUUCAGAGGGCGGUGGUGGUGGUGGUGGUCCUUCUGGUUCAGGAGGUGGUGGUGCACCAGGCAAGGGCAGCUUCUCGCCAGACAAGGAUGUCGCCAACAUUCAAAAGAUCCUGGCCGAUCGCGAUGCCCUGCGCAAGAAGUGCAAUGAGCUGAAGGAGCUCGGUGACAAGGUUAACCAGCUGGAGCAAAAGGCCAAGGAGGCGGAGUGUGUGACAUGCAACUUGGAGUGCGAUCUCCAACAGCAGAAUAUGUGCGUGCAGCAGAUGCAGUGCGAAAUGCAGGAAAUGCAGAACUACUACGACAACGAGGUGGAAAAGGCCAAGGGGAACGAGGAAUACCUGAAAUGCUGUUGCAAACAGAUGAAGCAGGAACUGGUGGCCGCAAAGUGCGCGGCCCACCGGGCCCAGUGUCUGCAACACGAGAUCGACGUACUGCGAAAUGAGCUGCGGAAGCGGGACAUGGCGAUUCAGGCUUACGACUGCCAGUAUCAGCAGUUAAUGAUUAAGGCCAAGAUGUUUAAGGGCGCCGGCUAUCGGUUCCUCGACGACCUGCCAGCCAAUUGUAGCGAGAGCUGCUUAGAUGGUGAGGAGGAGGAGGAGGAAGGCGGAAACUGAAUAAUCUCAAGCCGGAAAAACUUUCCUAUUGUUCGGAAUGUUUUCAAAUUCCCAACAGCCAUUGAUCGAAAUCUAUAGUUUUAUCAAAUUAAACCUUUAAUGCAACCGG